CGUUGGGAGGGACUAGGUAGUGAGAGAACUAGAAAGUGUAAGAAAUUUGUUUAAUAAAUGAAAGGACACAACUUUACGUGAGUUUCAUGUGUAAUAAUAUAAAGACUGAAAAUUGGAUUCCAGCUGUAUUAGUUAAAAGAAGUUCCAUCAUCAAGACGAGGACCGACGUCACAAAAUACUGUGCAGUUAUCAUGAGGAUGAAGGGACUCCAAGACUGCUAAUGCCUACAAGCAAAUAUAAGACGUCUUCCUGUAAACUGUGUUCAGGUUAAACGUACUGAGAAAAUGUGUGGAUGUAGAGUUUUUUUAUAAAAGAAAUGUUAGGUAGUUCAUCUGGCAGUCAGUUGGCAUACAGGAACGUUCAGGGAGACGUUAUAUUCGUGGACGUGCGACUAGACCCAUCACUGUGUAACAAACGAGCGCUAGAGGUGUGUGUGAGUGGUGGCCGCAUUCAAUUUGUACCAUGGCUGGGAUACACCAGCAUCCUCGCAAUGAUGGCUUUCAUCACACAGAUGCACACAAUCCACUUAGCAUGGCUCCUUCUGGCUGUUCUCAUGCAGCUAGCAACCUUUGUUUACAGAGUUCGUGGAAAAAUUGUCUCAGAGUCACUGCUGGUUGUGGCAGGACUUGGCGUGCAGACAACUGCAACAUUUUACACAGGCAAACAGCACACAAGAUUUAUACCCUGGGGUGAUGUAAUUGACAUCAUCAUUGCUGAAACUAUAUCCAUGCAACGAGUUUUGUUUUACAUGGCGCUGCUUGUGAAGAGAGAUAAAGCAGUGCCAACCCCAAAACUAAUCCCUCUCUUUUUGAAUACAUGGCCACGUCUGGCUUGUCUGCAACACAUCUACCGUGCCUGCCAAGAAGUUCUCUCUCCUGACUUCAAGGAAUGUAAAAGUAACAGAUGCAUCUUUGGUAUGACUGUCCCAGGUGAAUAUGAAUGCAGCCCUCAAGGCCCCAGGACAACUGCUGAGAUCUGGCAGCUCUCUUCUGCACAAUUUUCAAUCAUUUAAGUUGGAAAAACUUGGUGUUACUUAGAGGGUUCAUACAUCAUAUAAGGUUUUCAUGGUUUAUUAGUGGCUUGGUUCUCUGACUAGUUUCUUUGUUGAUCAUGGAAGUAAGUUCAUUCCCCUACUCUCUUCCUUCUUUUUAUCAAUGAUUUAUUUCACACUAUGACUAAUUCUAUCCAUUUUUACACUGAUGAUUCAACUCUUCACUCUUCUUCACAUUUUCCCCUUCCCCCUAAUUCUCAAACUAGAUCUGUUUCUAGAGCUGAUAUCAUUAUGUUUAUCAAUGUGGACCUGUGCAGAUCUCCGAAUGGGGAGGUAGACACUUGGUUAAAUCCAAUAGAAAUAAAAGUCAGUAUUUAGCAAUUACACUUUCCAAAUUAGUUGAUCUCCCACCAAUCACAUUUCAGGAUGCAAUCAUUCCGUCAAAUUCUAAAAUAGAUAUGCUAGGCCUCACCAUUUCCUUAAUACAGUAUG